UUCCUUUCCUUUCCUUUUCUUCUUCCUUUCUCUCUUUCUCUCUUUCUCUCUUUCAUACCAUUUUGCUAUGAAAAUUUGGUGCGUUGAAGUGUGGGCCUGUGGUCUCUGCUUUUCCUUUCGGUGCCGACCAACUGCGGAGGAGCCACUUCCUCCCCACUGUGGCUGGAGGACAGCGAUAACAGCGCUCCGGCGACGGUUCCUGGACGGGUGUAUCCCUGUGCUGUCAAAGGCCGAAAUUCACUUUGAGUGUCGUUAACUAACGAGCCAGCUCUGAUUAAUGAUUGACAGUGGGCGGGCGCUAGGACCUCCGGGACGUCGAUUCUCCGUAACCAGAAGAGAAAUCAGGAAAUAACACCGUGGCUCUGUCUGUGCCCUUUGGAAAUAACACAGCGCUGCUCCGCGCCGAAGGAGUCAGUUCUCCAGGAGUUCGGUGGUUGGAGUUGGGUUGAGCGGCCCCAUAGCACCGUGGCCCCAAAGCAUCACAGCCCUGUAUGGACGCGGCUGGGGGUGACAUCAGGAGCAGAAAGAAGUCCCUGAUGUGCUGACAGCCGACCAUGUCUGGGAAACACUGGCCCGUGGGGACGCAGUGCGUCACCAAGCACGACCACACCAAGCCCAAGGCUGGCGAGCUGGCCUUCCGCAAGGGAGAUGUGGUCACCAUCAUCGAGGCCGUGGAGGGCAGGAGCUGGUACCGUGUGCGGCACAACGAGAGCGGGCAGGAGGGGCUGGUGGCGGCCGGAGCACUGCGGGAGCGCGGGGCCAUCCGCGCUGACCCCAAGCUCAGCCUCAUGCCCUGGUUCCAUGGGAAGAUCUCGGGCGUGGAGGCGGUGCAGGAGCUGCAGCCCCCCGAGGAUGGGCUGUUCCUGGUGCGCGAGUCGAUCCGGCACCCCGGUGACUACGUGCUGUGCGUGAGCUUCGGCAAGGAGGUGAUCCACUACCGCGUGCUGCACCGCGAGAACACGCUGAGCAUCGACAGCGAGCAGUACUUCUACAACCUCAUCGACAUGAUCGAGCACUACACGGAGCAGCAAGGAGCCCUCUGCACCAAGCUGGUGAAGCCCAAAGCCAAGAGCGGGAUGAAGUCGGCCGAGGAGGAGUUGGCCAAAGCCGGCUGGCUGCUGAACCUGCAGCACCUCACGCUGGGAGAGCGCAUCGGGCAAGGCGAGUUCGGAGAUGUCCUGCAGGGUGAGUACAUGGGGCAGAAGGUGGCUGUGAAGAACGUCAAGUGCGACGUGACCGCCCAGGCCUUCCUCGCCGAGACCGCCGCCAUGACGAAGGUCCGGCACAAGAACCUGGUGCGUCUGCUCGGUGUCAUCCUGCACAAUGGCCUCUAUAUCGUCAUGGAAUUCAUGAGCAAGGGCAACCUGGUCAACUUCCUGCGCACGCGGGGCCGCGCGCUCGUCCCACCACCGCAGCUCCUGCAGUUCUCCCUGGAUGUGGCCCAGGGCAUGGACUACCUGGAGUCCAAGAAGCUGGUGCACAGGGACCUGGCUGCCCGCAACAUCCUCAUCUCCGAGGAGAACGUGGCCAAAGUGAGUGAUUUUGGCCUGGCCAGGGUCAACCCGCGGGGUGCAGACACCACACUGCUGCCUGUGAAGUGGACGGCUCCUGAGGCCCUGAAGCACAAUAAAUUCUCCUCCAAAUCGGAUGUGUGGAGCUACGGGAUCCUCCUGUGGGAGGUGUUCUCCUUCGGCCGAGCGCCCUACCCCAAGCUGAGCCUGAAGGAGGUGGUGGAGCAGCUGGAGCAGGGAUACCGCAUGGAGCCCCCCGAGGGCUGCCCGCCCGCCGUGUACAUGCUGAUGAGGAGCUGCUGGGAGAUGGAGCCGGGCAAGCGGCCAUCCUUCAAGAAGCUCACGGAGAAGCUGCAGAAAGAGCUGAAGCACUUAAAGGAUGUUUAACUUAUAUCCCGCGCCCAAGGAGCCGCCAGGACCCACGGGAGGAGCCCCCAGGUUUGGCAGCAGUGUGGAAAUGGGCAGCCUGGGGGCUGCUCCCUCCCAGUGAAGAUGGGGCAGUGGCUCCGCAGGGUGCCCUCCUCCCCUGCGUGCACCCAGUGGACACAACGUUCUCCCUCCGGAUGCAAUGGAUGGAUGGGUCCCCCCGCUCCUGUGGGGUCCUUUGCCCGGCCAUGCCUGGGGACACCGGGAGUGGCAGCACAAGGUCCCUCUGAGCCCCCUCUCCCAGUGAUGGGGACAGCACGGGAUGCCCCGUCCUUAUGGAAGACAACACCCCAGUGCUGGCACAGCCCCAUGCCAGCUCUGCACGGAGACACCAACCGCAUUCAGCUCAGCCACAUGGGUUUGGGCCUUUUGAUUAAACCACAGAAAUUA